AGCCGUUGGCCCAACAGACCCGUGACAGUUUGCUCGGCGGGUCUGACCGGUGCGCAUCGGCCAUGGCGAACAUGGAUAUGCUUUUGCAGAUCGCCGCCGAACAGGAGCGGCACUUGUUACGCUUGGCCGAGGAGCAGCACCAGGUUAUGGGCCGCAGCUUGCGGGUCGCAUUCUCAGUGUUGCAGCAACAGGCACGCCAGGCCAAGCCCACCUGGAUGCAGGAGGAGGUGCACAGCAGCACCUUGCCCACCUCCCAGCCCUGCAUCGCGGAGGAGAGUGAUCCCCUACCUCCAGAGGUCCAAUUUGAGGCUGUCAAGGAGGUGCUGGCGGAGCUGAAGAUCGAGCCCGAGAAGAUUGCCGAGCCAGUGCUCGAGACGGUUGGAUCCAUCAGCGCAGCCUCGGCGCCCGAUGUCAGCUGGUGGAGCAGGAUCGCAUGGCGCUUGGAGCUUGCCUUCGGCUGGAUCGUCCUACUCAACCUCGCGGCUCUUUUCCUUGAGCUGGAGGUUUACGGGGCUGACUUCCACGCACCGCCGGACGCUCUGUACUCGGCGUUCCUGGCCUUGGAGGGAGCCUUUGAUGCGGCCUUCCUGGCCGAGUUUCUGGCCAAGAUCUUUGCACUGCGCAUUGGCUUCUUCUUGAUGGGGCGCAAUGUGCUGGACGCCUUUCUGGCGCUGCUGGGUGCACUGGACUUAGUGCUGCUGGCUGUGGGCGAGAGGGGUGCGAUGCUCCACGUACUGCGGGCGCUGCACUGCCUGCGCGCACUGCGCCUGCUGCGUGUGGACCUCCGACCAAUGCUGCCGCAAAGGCUCGAGCGACAACUCGGCUUGGCCGCCAGGGAGCUCUUUUGGUGCCUGGCGAUGCUCGGGGUUCUGCUGUACUCUGGUGCGCUGAUGCUGGGCAACCUGAUCCAACUCUUCAUUUCCGACGAGGCUGCUGCGCUGGAGGACAGGCUUUGGGUGUGGGCCAACUAUGGCACCGGCCUUCGAUCAGUCACGGCCUUCUUGGACGUGCCUUUCGGUGGCAUGCAGCGGUUGCUGGUGGAAAAGGUGAGCCCAGGAUGGAUUUCGAUCUUCUUCCUGGUGUACAUGGCUUUGUGGGCAUGGUUGUGGCUCCGCAUAGCCGCGGUCUUCUUUCACGAGGCCCUUUGGCGCUUGGACGAGCGCCGGCAGGCGAUGCAGACGCUGGAGGAGGCGCUCCGUUCCGGCAGCGACAACGGCCACGCGGAACUCACGGAAGAGCGCCUGCGAGAGGUUUGCGCCCAGCACCACCAAAGCUUUGCGGCCCUAGGCAUGGACACCCAAGAGGCCAAGGUGCUUUUUCAGCUCCUGGCGGGUGAGGAGGCGGAGCUUGAGUCCUCCGAGCUCUUGCGAGCGCUGCGCUUGGGCAGCUCCGGCCCUUUGCUCACAGAACUCAAGCGGCUGGACCACAAGGUGUCGCUCCUCGUCGAGCAGGAAGCAACGCAGCGGCUCGGUUUGACGCCCAAACGCAGUCGUUGAGCGAGGAGUGCAAGUGACAGCCGACACGCGAUGCUGCCCUGAGAGGCCUGAGAUGUCAGUUUUCUGUAUUUCGGCCGGCGCGUGCUUUUGUGUAUGAGCGCGGCCCGCCCCAACGCGAGCCAGCUUGCUGGUGUGUCCAGUCUGGCCCUCUCGUGCCACCAAACCC